AUGCUCAGUGAGGAAGCUCAGAAGGAGCAUGACGACGCCGUGGACAGAGGAGAUGGCGGCGAUCUUAAGAAGUUGAGUCUCGUCAAGGAAGAGGCCAUAAUGGACUUGCAAGAGGAGAGGUCGCUCAAAAAGACAGUGAAGGAAGGGAAGACUGAUUCAAGACAAUGGAGAUGGCAGAAAUCAAGACAGACAGCGCAAUGUCGUGGAUGCGCCGCCUUUGGUCAGUCAUUGCAAUACGCAAAACACCAUUCUUUGAGAUUCGCGCCGAGCAGACAGAGUUCCUUUUCUCCUCGUCGUUGGGCGCCAGCGGUCAAGAUCGAGUACACUGAGGCUGUCAUUGUUUGGGCAACACUCGAGGAUCCAAUGAUCCGACAUGAACUCCUCUCUGAUCUGGGAUCUAAUCUUAUCGCGGAGAUGAGGCGUUCUCCGAUCUCCGCACUUCUUGAAACAAGCCAUCAGAAUUUCGCCUGCGCCCUGUUCAAGCAUGUUGCUUGGGUCCAGGAAAGCCAAUCCAGACCAAUUUCGAUGGCACCGAUCCGCCGAUACUUGCGGAUUAGUAGGUACUCUGUUCUCGAAUGUCGCAUCUUUCUCGAAAAUCCAGCCGACGAACGCAGAUGGCUGUUGAGCGAAAAUGAUCCUGCUCUUCCACGUGUAUUUGAAGCAAUCAAACCGUACGUGUUGCCAAAGCUCAGAGAGGAAAAUGAAAGAGCACGGGGCAAGGGAAAGAAGAAAAAGAGCGUAAAAGACGUUGUCCAACAAGAUGACUUUGAAGUUUCCAUCUUCCUCACCGAGAUCAGAACUCGACACGCCUUCCUGGCCAAGAAUAAGACGUUUAAGCAGAAACUGCGGAUGAAAUCUAACAACGGCAACAAGCUAACAGGCAUUGAUCGAGACACGGUGAUGAUUCAAGAUGAAGGCCAUGAAGAAAACGUCAAUCUUGAAGAGAUUCCGUUAGCCAAAGACUUAGACGACGAGGAACGGGACCGUGACGUUGCCGAUAUUGAUCCCGAGUCUGUUGACGACGACACAAAGAAGCUAGGAAUCAAGACAACAUACGAAGGUUUCAGUAUCUGGGGGUGGGUGCUCUGCCUUUUUAUUGAGCGCAAGGGCAGUCAAGGAAAGAAAUCAUCUGGAAAUGCACAAGCUCUGAUGCAAGACUGGAUUGCAUCGACCCAAGAGCAAAAAGAUGAUUAA